AUGUCAGGCCAAACAGGCAAAUGGCGAGAGGAACAGGUUCUCGUCAUCUGCCCCGGCAGCUCGACAACCAUGGCCCAGCUCGGCUGCGGCGAACUCACCCCUCCCGCCCACCGUUUUCCGACGCGCAUGUUCAGAGACGAAGAGACGGGUCAAUGGAGGCCUUACCAUACAUAUAAGCGGAAGAAGGAUGCGGCUUUACCUGUGAUUUCUGUGCCUGUUGCUGUGGCCGGCGCCGAGGGAGGAGAACAAAAAUCAGAAGAACAGCCCAAGCAGCCAGAAGGAAAUGGGGAAAAGAAGGAAGAAGAAGACGAGUGGGAAUAUGUCGAGGACCAGGAUUCGGAUGAGGGGGCUGUUUAUCCUAUUCAGGGCGGCCACAUCGUCGUAAUGGAUGCCUUCCUCGCCUUCCUCGAACACGUCCACUCCAGCCUAACCACCACCUACCACAACACCCCCAUAAUGCUCAUGGCCUCGCCGCAAUGGACACGUCCAGACUGCGAAACUCUUGCCAGAUACAUCUUUGAAAAGACCAAGACACCCGCCCUGUGUCUGAUCAACUCCGCCAUCGCGACCCAGUACGGCCUCAAGUGGCCCAACAUGACAGUCGUCGAUAUCGGUUUCGAGAAGGUUGACGUGACGUGCAUCUACGACAGCAGGAUUGUGGCGCAUCGGGAUGUUGGCGCCGGGUGGCCAGGAAACAACAGCACAGAUGAGGAAAGAGAAAUCAGCGGUGGAGAGGUCUUCACACGGAAACUGCAGCAGUUGCUGAAGGAUAAGAUCAAGGGCUUCAACCGCGACAUGGCCGAGCAACUGAAGAAGAGUAACAUCUGCGAAGUCCUGCCUUAUGCGCCGGAGAAGCCCAAGCUCAUGGACCUCCCUACUGAGGAUGUCUCCACUGCUGUGGCUGCUGCUACCGGAGCCGCCGCCGCCCAAGCAGCUGCGGGCACGACGACAGAAGGACCCAAGAUUAUCGAGCCGGUCGUUGCUGACGAACCUACCUACGACGCUGACGGAAACCUGGUGGACGAUGAGGGCGUGCUCGACGUUGCGAAUAUCGUGGCUACAGGACAGACGAGGGAGUUCUUGGCCAAGAAGGAGAAGGAGAAGCAGGAGAGGGCCAAGAAGAAGGGCAAGGAUAAGGAGGCUGAGGCGAAUAGGGUUAUGAGACUGCCAAACUCCAAGAGGGUGAAUAAUGUGUUUCACUUUGAGGAGUAUGUUACUGAGGAGGUUCCUAUUGUUCAACCUGCUCCACCAGCACCGGCACCUGCGCCGGCAGCACUAGCGGCAACUGAAGCGGCUAAGGACGUUGAGAUGGCUGAUGCGCCUGCGGCACCACCGGCGGAGGGGGCGGAGAAGAAGGACGAGGAAAAGAAGGAUGGCGAGAAGAAGGAUGAAGCCAAGACCGAGGAACAAAAACCCGACGCUCCUGCUACGGACGACAAGAAGCCCGAAGACAGACCAUCCUCCGAAUCCGCAACAGCAGCACCCACCACAGAAGCGCCCAAGCCCACCGAUGCACCGAAGCCCGCCGAGCCCGCUGCCGCUCCCGCACCAGAAGGCCCCGUCCCCACCGAGCGCCAAACCAAGCGCAUCCGUCGUGACAUCGAAGUCGGCCUCGAGCGCUUCGAGUUCGCCGACCGUGCCGAGAUCGACCGCAUCGUCACCACCAUCUACAACGCCGUCCAGUCCAUCGACGACAUGUACAUGCGCCCCCCUUGCUGGGAAUCGCUCGUCUUCGUCGGCAACGGCGCCCGCAUCCGCGGAUUGAAAGAAAACAUUCUCCAGACCUUGCAAGCCCGCCACCUCAUCUCUCCGUCAAGUGCAACGAUGUUUACAUCAGAGUUGCCCUCCAACAUCGGCACACCCACGGCCGGAACACCCGGUCCGGGAACGCCUAUCGCUAGCGGUCCCGGUGGUGCGCAGUCUGGCUCGCUACUACAAGCUGCCACCACAGCCGCUGCAAAUGCUAACCUAAACGUACCCGGCACCCAAGGAGGCGAAGGCCAGCAAGGCCAACAUCACUUCCACAGCCAGACGCCGACGAAUAUCAAGCUCGCGCAGCUGCCGACAUAUCUGAGCGAGUGGACCAAGAACGGGUUCGAAGAGGCCAUGUUCCUUGGUGCCCAGGUGGCGGCGAGGAUGGCGUUUUGCAUACAUAAUUUUGAUGCGCAGGGGUUGGAGAUGCAGAGGUAUAUGAGCUUGAGUAGGGUUGAUUUUAAUGAAUUGGGACCCAAGGGUAUUAGGGCGCAUUCUAUGCUUGGGUGGUAA